AUGUUCCAUCACGUGCCGGCGCGCCGGCCGGUGAUCUCGGCCACUGCAGCCAACGCGCAGCGGCCGAAGCUUGGCGUCCUCGGCACGGUGAAGCGACACACCGGUGUGGUUGCGACGGCUGCGGAGCCACACAGCACACCGAGUUUGCUGGCAAAGCUCAUAGCGUUGGCCAAGAACAACAAGUCGAAUGCCACGACGGCGGCCGUCAUAGCAGUACUCUUCCUACUCACUGGACUUGCCGAGAUCGGAGGCGGCUGGCUCGUCUGGCAAGCUGUGCGCGAGGGAAAGCCCUGGUGGUGGGCGCUGCUGGGGUCACUGACGCUGGUCGUGUACGGUUUCAUCCCAACGCUUCAGCCGCUCCCCGACUUUGGCCGGCUCUCUGCUGUGUACGGCGGGCUCUUCAUCGCGAUGAGCUACAUCUGGGGCGUCCGCUUUGACGGACUCAAGACGGAUCGAGGCGACGUUAUUGGAAGCAUUGUGGCUCUUGUGGAUGUCAGUGGCGCCGUGUAG